AUGUCAUCAUCCAUCGACCUUUCUGAUCUUUCGGACGCAAUCGACUCCCCUAUCUCAUCAGAUCAACGCAAGGAGUUGGUCAAGGGCAGAGGAGUUCGCUUCAACAACAGAGUCAGCAUUGUCGAGAUCCCAGCCCCCAAGCAGAAGCACAACCGUCGCGUCAGCUUCAGCGACGAAGUUAUCGACAUCGACACAGCAGAAACCACACAUCCAUCACCUUCGCCCAGUCCUCCCAGGAAGCGUGUUCGCUUUGGCUGCCUCAAGACCAGCGCGCGCAAGCAUUUCUCUCACACCUCCAUCUACAAGAUGAAGAACUUCGAGACCAUCAGCCCUCUCAUGACACCCAAGAAGAGAGUUCGCUUCGGCUGCAUGAAGUGCGAGGCUCCUGCUGCCACUCAGACCAACUCCGAGGUGACUGAGCUGCUGGCUGAGGAGGCUGCCACAUUCAAGCGCGAGAAGAGAAGAGACUCUGUUUGGGACCCUGACAGUGAGAUGUCCGAGCAGACUUCUUGCUCUGAAGAUAUCGAAGUGGGUUGA